AUGACGUGCCGAGAGAGCGAGCGAACGCGCGGCCGGGAGAGCGGAGCCUCCUGCCUCCCGCCCCCCAGCCCUCCAGCUCCUGCUCCUCCUCCGCUCCCCACACGCAGACAAGCUCACGCCCGCUCCCUCACUCGCACACACAGACACGCGCGCGCACACACGCUCCGCACACACGCUCCACUCUCUCCCGCGCGCUCACACCCCUCUCGCCCUGCGCCCUCGCGGGUGCAGCGCAGCGCCGCGGUCGGACUCCGCUCCCGGGCUCACUUUGCAACGCUGACAGCGCCGGCGGUGGCCGUGGAGGUGGGGACAGAAGCGGCAUCCUACCCCCUGGUCGCGGCCGGAGACGGGACGCCCGCGGAAGCCCGCGGCGGCGCUCUCCCAUGA